AUGGUAGAGCAAGAAACUGCAUCAAUCGAUGAUCUCCUUCCUGCUUGGCCGUUAAAGGAGAGAAAUGCUAAAAAUGAUACUCUUGAAACAGAAAAGAUAACUGUUUGUGAAACGGGUGAAUCCAAAAUCAAAAUUGAUGCAACAUAUGAAAUAGAUGAUACUAUAUAG